GAUCUCGCUACAUCGUCAACUCAGUUCCCGAUCUCGCGUCGCGGCCGUUCUGUUCGAUGCACGUUUGCCGAAUCCAAGGAAAAUAAUCAACGACCAGCAAGGAUCAGACAAAGAAAUUGGCAGUUCCAAAAUGCAGAAGUUCUCACUGACGUGCCUCGUAUUUACCAUUGCCGCACUCAUAAUUGCGGAGUUCUCGAGUGGUCAACCUACGAAUUUAAGCAAGCACAACGGAACGGAAAUCGGAGGUUCGAUAUCCUGUCCACAUUCUGUGGACAAAAUCGGCUGUAUACCCACUUUAGAUAGGUGCGAUUAUGUUGCUACGCCAGGCCUAGGGGCGCACAAGGUUCAUAAACGCAAGAUGACGUGGAACGAAGCGCGAAAGAUCUGCUUGAUGGAAGGAGCUCACUUGGCCAUCUUAGAUUCUGCGAGCGAAGAAGCCCUGUUCAAAGGCUGGAUGAAAGAAGCGCACUUGGAUCGUGUCUGGUUAGGUUUUCACGAUUUGUUUGAGGAAGGGUCCUGGACAACUGUGACCGGCGAAUUGGUCGAUACAAUGAGCUAUCAUCCAUGGGGUAACGAUGAGCCCAACAAUUUAAGCGAUAGACAGCACUGUGCAGCCCUAUGGGAAAAAUUUAAGGAAGGUGGGGCUGACGACAUCGGCUGCGACUCCAAGUGUCCGUUCGUCUGCGAAAUCAAUUUGUGUAAUUCUUCAAAUCCCUCUCCUGUUCCGAAUGAUGCUCACUAUUUCGAAAUAUUGAGUUAAUAACUCGUAAAGCAUGAUUAUCGUAGUUUGUCCAGUAUAUGAAUGUGGAAAUCAAAAGGAGGAUAGAUUAUAACAGUACAUAGACUGUUGAAUUAAGAAGACGAUAUAAUAUAAUACAUACAAUAUGGAAUCAAUUUAAAUAUAUAAGAUAAUAUACGAAAUAUGGUGAAAUAAAUAAAAAAUAGAAGACAAUGGGUAACAAAAUUUUAUUAUAUUCAUGUAUGGUACAUAACACUUUCCACUGCUACUAAUUUGGCGUAUUAGAUUUGUGAAUUAAUAUGAAAAACUCGGUAAAAGUUUAUCGCUAACAGAUAAACCGAAAUAAUAAAAGAAAUGCGGAAAUAUUUUUCAUGUUCUUUAAAAAUAAUAAAAGAUUUUAGAAGAAACCAAAA